CCUCAGUGCUUCGUCAGGCUUUGUGAAAGGAAGAAAUAAUUAUCGUUUUUAUUACUCUCUGACGUGUUAAGUAUGGAUAUGAUAUUGUAGAACUGUUUUAGGACUUUGUUUUGACGUUCAAGAAACUUCAGUCAUGGGAGAAAAUCUAAAAAUAAGGAUGAUAAUAGUAAUAAUAAAUAUCUGUCAAAUUUACUAAAUACAGCUCCGAUUCUUCGGGAUGGCUAAAAGCAUCAGAAAACCAUAUAGGGAAACGACCAAAAUCUCAGAAUGUGAUGCUGAAGAUAACUUUACAAUACCUGUAGAAGCUUUGCCCAACAUGCAAAUCCCACAUCAGGUUCUAGCUUAUGACGGAUUACCAGUGCCCGCUAUGGUCUCACAUAUCGAAUCUCCGAGUCUUUUUUAUCUUCAUCUUGUAAACAGUGAGACAGCAACUAUAGACAGCUUCUGUAGUUCUAUGACGGAGUACUACAAAGGUGAUAAUGAACCUCUGCAAGUAAAUCAGCUUCCGCUUGGGUCCCACUGGGCUGUCUGCACCAGUGAUGGAUUAUGGUAUCGGUGCCAGAUACUUUCCAACCUCUUUUCAGAUGCUCAGGAUAUCACAGAAGCUGAACCGAGGAUGAAAGCCCGCUUUAUUGAUUACGGACACUGUAGUGAAGUCAAGGUUAAGGAUAUCAGAGUCCUGAGUGAAGAAUUCACACUGUUGCCUGCCUUGGCUGUACCAUGUUGUUUAGCAAAGGUUUACCCUCAGCAUGCCUGGGAAAAGAGUCCUUGGCCCUUAGAAAGUAUAGAAGCAUUUCAGAAAUUGUGCGGAGACCCUGACUCAGUUCUUCACACUUAUUUCACUAAACUUAAUUGGAGCAGUAGAAAUGAGGUUAUAUUGGAAACUACAGAAGGCCUGGUCAUCAAUGAAGAACUUGUCCUCCAGGGCUAUGCCAUAUCAAAAGUUUUGCUUCAAGCUGUGAACAAAGAUGAGGCAUCAUGUGAAGCCACUAGUGAUCCUUCAGAGGCUGUGGAAAAUUCAGGAGAUUUGGAAACACUUCCAAGCAAAAAGCCAACCGUAGAUAUAAAACUAAGUGUAAAGGAUUUUAUAUAUUUCUAA